CGGGCCCCGCCGCCCUCUCCCAGCCAUGCCGGCCUGGCGCCCCGCGGUCCUCGUCUGCCUCGCUUUGUGCCUGGCCGCGCCAGUUCAGAGAGCAUCCGGGGACUUCGGUGAUGGCCUCAAUGUGGAAGAUAGACUGAAAGAAGGUUUCGCACUAAAGCAGAGGAGGGAUUAUUUCACCACCACCACCAAGAGGCCAGGAACGACCAGAGCUCCUGCAAAGCCUGAAGAUGAUUUCAACCUGGCCGAUGCCUUGGACGAUCGAAACGACCGAGAUGAUGGCCUUAGGAAGCCAAGUGCGGGAGGGGGAGGAAUUACGGACCAGGAUCUUGAAGACAUAUUAGGGGAUUACAAGCCCGACAAGGGUAAAGGUGAUGGCAGGUACGACAGCAACGAUGGUUCCGAAUCUGGCAUGUCGGCCGAGACGGGCACCAUCGCCGGCGUGGCCAGCGCGCUCGCCAUGGCCCUGGUGGGCGCCAUCUCCAGCUACGUGUCCUACCAGCAGAAGAAGUUCUGCUUCAGCAUCCAGCGCCGGAAGUGCAAGAUCAAGAUGUCAGCAGGGUUGGUUCCUUCUGGAGACUCUAGGGGAGGAUCCUCCAGCCACUUCCAAGUCUUGGCCCCACGCAUCCCUCAGCUUGGGGCCCCAUCCUCCAAUCUCUGCCUUGGUCUUCACAUGGCCUCUCUGUGUCUCCUCUUCUCUCUCUUUUGAGGGCACUGGUCAUUGAAUUUAGGGCCCUCUAAGUUCAGAAUGAUCUCAUCUUGACAUCCUUAACUUCGUCACAUCCAUAAGGACUCUUUCUCUGAGUAAGGUCAUCGUCCCAGGUUCCAGGCGCAAGGAUGUGCAUGUGCCUGUGGGGGGCCACUCACCCCAGAACAAUGAGAUGUAUAUAGGCCCCAGUCACCAGGAUGGCUCACAUGCAAGGAAGGCUUCAGGCCUUCCCAAAGCACGUUUGGUGAAAGAGAAACGACAUCAGAGCUGGGCCUAUAGCUAUAGUCAGAAGGGCUCCCCAGGCAUCAUGCCAUCCUGAGCCUGCUGCCCAUGGGUGACCGCCCUGAGAACCCCUCAUCUUCAAGACAAGGAGAUGGGGCCUCCAGGGGCUUUGGAAGGGACGUCCUUCUACCUGAGAGCCAAGAGCAGGGCAGGGGAGCCCAUAGUAGGAACCAAGAGGGUGAGAGAAGUCAACUUGCGGCCCAAAGCAGGUGUCGGAAGUGUGCCCGCGGUCUCUAUGCGGCAUUAAGGUAAAAUGAAAAUACAUUAUUUUCACGCUUGUUCCCUAAAACGAAGAGGCGUGAGGUUUUGCAAGCUGGAUGAGCCUGCAAAGGCAAAUGGAAGGUGCAAGCACGGAGGCCUCGGUGUGUAAAGCGGUACAGUUUCUACGAUGUUUGCCAGUGAAUCAACCAAAAACAGGGGUGUCGUUGAUGACAGCCAGAUGCGGAUGUGGCCUCUUGGGGCCGCAGCCUCAGGUGUGGGCC